AUGCUGCUGAUGAACAGACCGAGUUUCCUUAUCCGACUAGCUAUCGUUGUUGCUGCCGGUGUUGAGGAGGCCUUCGCGCACGAGGAUGACCAAAAAUCUGGGUUUCGGCGUGGUGUGCAAGCUUGGUUGGCAAGACACCGGGACAAGCACUUGAGUAUGUCCUUGGCGCGUGGCGCGCCGCAGCGUACUGGGCGUUGCCGCGGUCUGCGAUUGUUGCAGGAUCGGCAUCCAUAG